GAACAAUUUCAACCAUUUGGACUCAGCUCAGCCACUACCGAGGAAACAAUGACUUCAACACAAAAGGACCAACAUGGAGCAAGACGUCAGCGCUCUCAGGAGGCCGAUAAACCUCACAGAAGAAAGGGAGAGAAAACCUACAGCUGUGACGAGUGUGGGAAGGAUUUUACCCGGAAUGACAGCCUGAAAACACACCAACUCAUCCACAGUGGAGUUAAAGCUUACAGCUGUGACUUGUGUGGAAGGUCUUUUACCCAGACUGGAAGCUUAAAAACACACCAACUCAUCCACAGUGGAGUUAAACCUUACAGCUGGGACUUGUGUGGAAAGUCUUUUACCCUGGCUCAAAGCCUAAAAACACACCAACUCAUCCACAGUGGAGUUAAACCUUACAGCUGUGACCUGUGUGGAAAGUCUUUUACCCGGGCUGGAAGCUUAAAAACACACCAACUCAUCCACAGUGGAGUUAAACCUUACAGCUGUGACUUGUGUGGAAAGUCUUUUACCCGGGCUGGAGACUUAAAACAACACCAACUCAUCCACAGUGGAGUUAAACCUUACAGCUGUGACCUGUGUGGAAAGUCUUUUACCCAGGCUGGAGACUUAAAAAGACACCAAAUCAUUCACAGUGGAGUUAAACCUUACAGCUGUGAGUUUUGUGGAAAGUCUUUUACCUGGGCUAGAGGCUUAAAAACACACGAACUCUUCCACAGUGGAGUUAAACCUUACAGCUGUGACUUGUGUGGAAAGUCUUUUACCCAGGCUGGAGACUUAAAAAAACACCAACUCAUCCACAGUGGAUUUAAACCUUACAGCUGUGAGUUUUGUGGAAAGUCUUUUACCCUGGCUGGACACUUAAAAAGACACCAACUCAUCCACAGUGGCGUUAAAGCAUACAGCUGUGACUUGUGUGGAAAGUCUUUUACCCGGGCUGGAGACUUAAAACAACACCAACUCAUCCACAGUGGCGUUAAAGCAUACAGCUGUGACUUGUGUGGAAAGUCU